AUGUCACAUAAAAAAUGCGUAGAGGCAUUAGACCGUUCUCUCCAAGAUAUUCGCAAUAACAAUCUACCAAUGGGAGGAAUUACAGUUCUAUUCUCUGGCGAUUUUAGGCAAACACUUCCUGUCAUUCCAUCAGGAACACCAGCAGACGAAAUCAAUGCUUGCUUAAAGUCAUCUCACCUUUGGAAUAAGAUGGUAGUUUUACACUUAUCCAAAAAUAUGAGGGUUCGUGUAGGGUCUGAAAAAAAUAUGGAGAAAUUUGCUCAAAUUUUGUUGGAGAUUGGCAACGGCACGAGGUAUGAAGUUGACGAUAGAAUUGUGUUGGAUGAUAACACGUGUGUAGUUGUUAAUUCAAUUUAUGAGUUAAUUGCAAAAAUUUAUCCCAACACGAAAAAAAUUCAAUCAAUUCAUUAUUCAUGGUUUAAAGAAAGAGCAAUUUUGUCUGCCAGGAAUGAAGACGUUCUUGAAAUUAACAACUUAUGUUUGAAAAAUAUUGAAUCUCCGGAAAAUACUUACUUAUCAAUUGAUUCAACAACUAAGAUUGAAAAUGCAGUUCACUAUCCUGUUGAAUUUUUAAACACUUUAAAUCCUGCUGGUUGUCCUCCACAUGCAUUGCAUUUAAAG